UUGAGGAGACCCACACUAGCCAAGCUACUGGUGACUCAAAUCAGAACCAUUUUCCUGUGCCCUCUUUGAUGCACCUUAUUUUCUCAAGCAACUCAGAAAUUUACCCUCCUGAUGUUCAGUUUCUGGGAACUUUGCUGACAUUGAUUGCUGAAUUUUCAAAGAAGAUCCAGAGUCCAAAGCACUGGAGAAGAAUUAUCAGGGAGCUGAGUCCUGUAGAAUUUUUCUAGAGGAGCAUGGAUAAGUCAAUCUCUACAAAUCAGAGGACAAUCUUGAGAGAUGGCUAGUGAAUAUAAGAAAAUCCUCCUGGUGAAAGGGUUGCUGGACAUCAGUGAUGAGCAUUUCAGCAUUGUCAAGUCUCUGCUGGCUCAUGAUUUAAGGCUAUCCAGACUCCAGGAAGAAACUUACGACAGGAUCCAGAUUGGGAGUAUGAUGGCAGACAAGUUCCGUGGGGCAGCCUGUGUGGAAAAGCUCAUUGAGCUGAUCCGAGACAUAAUAGAACUCAAAGACCUUGUGAGCAAACUAAGGAAGGAGAAGCUCAAAGUGGCAAGAAAAAUCAAGGCAAAAGAGAAGAAGCAGCAGGCAGCAAAUGGACCUAGAACAGCUGCUCCCAGGACAAGCCUCACAGUGAACUCUGGAGGAGAAAAGCAGGUGCCCAAAGCCCAGAAAAGAAAAGGCACCACCAAAGAGAAGACUGGGAAGAAGAAUAAGGUGACCCCAGAGCAGAGACGACUAGCAGGUCCAGCCCAGGUCCCAGCAUGCUGCCCUGUGAGGGCCCCAGCAUCCCACCCAACCCAGGCUUCAGAUUCCUGUCCUGCUCAGUCUCCAGCAUCCUGUCCUACACAGGACCUGGCAUCCUGCUCAGCCCAGGCUCCAGCUCAGGCUCCAGCAUUCCACCCUCCCCAGGAUCCAGCAUCCAACCCUUCCCAAGCUCCAGGAUCCCAUUCUUCCCAGGCCCUAGCAUCCCUUCCUUCCCAGACUCCAGCUUCCCACCCCAUCCAGAUUUCAGCAACCCACUCUAUCCAGGCUCCAGCAUCCAGACCCUUGGGUCUUCCUCAAUGCUCCCUGAACUCACCAUCUGCUCCAAACUCAUCCUCAGUGGAGAGGACACCAGGCCGACAGAAGACAGCCACAAAGAGAAGCUUGCUCCAGAAGGGUCCAAUAACUGUGAUGGUGCUCAAUGCCAGUAAGCCCUUCGAGUAUGAGUCUCCAGAAAAAGACAGACACACCAUGUUCCACGCCACAGUGGUGACUCCCAGUCAGUUUUUCCAAGUGAAGGUUUUCAACACUGGCCUGAAAGAACUCUUCACCAAAAUGAAGAUUCUUACCAUCUCAGACUACUUUGAAUGCAGAGGAAUUCUGGAGGUUCAUGAAACCUCCUUGGUGGCUGAGGCCUUCUCAAAUCAGAAGAUUGAGAUCGCAAGGAGCAUAAUGAAUAGAGCCAGAGAGACUCCCAAGAUCAUUAAUCUUCUCAAGCUAGCAUAAGGGACAUAUGUGUAUGGGUUAUUUGAGUUACAUAAGAAACAAGUGAAUAAGAAGAAAACAAUCUAUGAAAUACAAGAUAAAACGGGCAAGAUGGAUGUGGUGGGAAAUGGAAAAUGGUACAAUCUCAGAUGUGAUGAAGGAGAUAAGCUUCAACUCUACUGUUCUCAGCUCAGAAGGAUGGGCCAGAAGCUGAUUCUGGCAUGUGGAACGCACAGCUUCAUACAGGUCACCAAGACUAGGAAAAACAAGAAGGGACCACAGAGUGGUCCCCCUCCUCCUCUCCAAGUCAGUCAGUGAUGUGAACUGUGACUUUGUUGAAAUGUUCUAAGUGAAUUAAGCAAUUGAUUUUGGUAGAAAAUAGUCUGGCUCACUGAGAAUUUAUUUUUGUAUCUGAGUCCCAUAUUAGGUUGCAUCCUUUUGUAAAAGCGUACCUUUGCUAUGUCUCUGUAUUUUCUGAGGAUUCCAUGUUUUGUACUGAUAACCUACAGAAUUAAAAUUAUUACCUUAUAAUGAA